AUGAUGCAUAAAGAAAUCGAGGUUUAUGUCAAUGAUAUGAUCGCUAGGUCUCGAACAGAGAAGGAGCACAUACAAGUCCUGAGGAAAUUGUUCUUGAGAUUGAGAAAGUUCCAGCUAAAACUCAACCCUGCCAAAUGUACCUUCGGAGCCAAGUCUGGAAAGUUGCUCGGAUUCGUGGUUAGCGAGAAAGGGAUUAAGAUUGAUCCAGACAAAGUCAAAGCCAUACAAGAGCUAUCUCCGCCGCAUACCCAGAAGGAGGUUCGAGGCUUUCUAGGAAGACCUAAUGCAUUUGCUACCACUGAAGAAGGUGCUCUGGAAGAACUUCCUUGGAAACUAAACUUCGAUAGGGCAUCAAACACCAUGGGUAAUGGAAUUGGGGCAGUCUUGGUGUCCCCAAACAGAGAUCAUUAUCCAUUCACUAGUACAUUGGAUUUUGAUUGCACGAAUAACAUGGCAAAAUACGAAGCGUGCAUCAUGGGAAUCCGUACAGCCAUAGAACAAAAGAUUAAAAUGCUAGAGGUGUAUGAGGAUUCUGCACUACUGAUCUAUCAACUCAAGGGAGAAUGGGAGACCAGAGACCCUAAGUUAAUCGAUUAUCGGAAGCUGGUCCUGGAAUUGGUUAAAGAGUUUGAGGACAUUACCUUCCACUACCUUCCACGAGACAAAAAUUAG